UACACUAUUGCUGCUAACUCCUAUGUAAAGUAUAUAUAAAAUACCUACUGUUUCAAAAUAUUUUUAAAUCAUUUGUCUCUUUAAUUUAUUUCUGUAGUAUAAGACAACAUGCACAAUUUAGACUCUGACAGUGAAGACGAACUACCUCCAGGAUGGGAAGAAAAAUCAACCGAAGAUGGAAAUGUUUAUUUUGUUAAUACAUGUAAUAAUAAAAUACAGUGGACUCAUCCUCGCACUGGACAUAAGAAAGUUAUUCCGAAAGAUUUACCCUUCGGUUGGACAAAAACCAUGGAUGAAAACGGUAAGCCUUUGUACAUACAACAAGAAACUGGAAACAGAACUUAUGUAGAUCCAAGAUUAGCAUUCGCAAAGGAGGAGAAAAAGCAUGUAAAUGAUUUCCGCCAAAGGUUUGAUGGCUCGUCCACAGCUUUUCAGGUUCUUCAUGGUGUGGAUCUAUCUGGCAAAUAUGCACUUAUAACAGGAUGCAAUGCAGGCAUUGGGUUUGAAACUGCAAAAUCCUUGGCAAGGCAUGGCUGUAAUAUAUUAUUAGCUAAUCGCAAUAUGGAAGCCACACAACAAGCAAUUGAACAAAUUGUCAAAGAUACUAAAAUAUCAGAAGACAACCUUAAAUCAAUAUACCUGGACUUGGGCUCAUUGAAUAGUGUAAGAAAAUGUGCUAUGGCUGUAAGAACAGUUUUUUCAAAUCACCUUGAUAUAUUAAUAUUGAAUGCUGGUGUUUUUGGACUCUCAUAUGAAGAGACGGAGGAUAAAUUGGAUAGAACAUUUCAAGUAAAUCAUCUAUCACACACAUAUUUAGCAUUAUUAUUAGAACCGCUACUGAAGAAAGGGUCCAGAGUAGUGUUUGUGUCUUCAGAAUCACACAGAAUGGCGAGCUUAAAAAAUGUUUUUGUAAAACAAAAUCUUGCACAUCCAAAAGAACAAUAUAGUACAUUGAUAGCUUAUAAUAAUUCUAAAUUAUAUAAUGUUAUUACUGCAAAGAUAUUAAGUGAAGAAUGGAAACAUAAGGGUAUUGCUGUAAAUUCCUUGCAUCCUGGAAACAUGGUUUAUACAAAUCUGCCAAAAAGUUGGUGGUUUUAUCAAAUGUUAUUUAUGAUAGUGCGACCUUUUACCAAGUCUUUACAACAAGCAGCUGCAACGUCUGUUUACGUCGCAACGGCAUCCGAACUGGAAGGCGUUACAGGACUUUACUUUAAUAAUUGCUUUUAUUGUGAAGAAUCAGCUUUAGCUCGGGACAAAGAUAUAGCAAAUGAGGUCUUCUCUAUAUCGCUCGGCAUGAUAGAAGAGAGAGUAGGUCGAGAUAAUAUAGAAAAAUACGUUGAUAAAUAUUGCAAUCGAAAAGAGAAUGCGACAUAAAUUAUUAUAUAUAUCUCGUAAUAUCGAUGUAUGGAAAUUGAUUGAUUCCACAGGUUUGGUGUUCGGUUGAUGAAUAUUUUGAAGGUUUGGGAAAUAUUUUAAUUACAAUGAUAUGUAAUCGAUUUAUUAUUCACAAGUUAGGUGAUUUGGUGGAGAUGGAAUAUUUUAAUCAGUUACUUUUUAAUCGGGGUAUCUAUAUAUGUAUAUAUUCAUCAGAGAAAUAAAUAUAUAUUGUAACAAUGGAAAUGGUUUUUAGUUUUCGAUACUUUUUACAAUAUGUACUGUAAUCUUAGGUUUUACUGGAAAAUCUUAAGAUUUACCUUAGUUCGAGCUUUUACAGUAACAUGUAUAUAUAUUGUAAAAAUAUUAUGUAAUCGGUUAAGGUAUUAUAAGAAUUGUUGAGAUUAAAAUAUAAUGGCUGAAAUGUUUACUGUUUAACCAACUUUUUUAUUAAUAAUAGAAGUCUAAUAAAUUGCUCCUCUCAUAUAAAAUUUGUUCGUUUUGAUAAGAGGCAUAUUGUUAUGUUUAAUAUUAUUUAAAAGACGACAUACUCUGUUAAUAAUGUAUGCCCUAUCUUAUUCAGAAUCUUUAACUGACCAUUCUUGGUCAUAUAAAAGUUUAAACAAUAUUUGGGGUUUUUUGGGACAUUUACUUAACUAGCGAAAAGCUUCACACGAGUGCAAUGCUGAUAUUAAACAUACUACGGUAUGUCUUAAAACGUUGUCGGGUUUUUUUGUCAUAUGACAAUGCAAGUCGCUAUGUUCUUGCGUUUUAAAUCUGUAAUAUCUCCGAAAAUAUUCAUUUAAAUGACAUGGUGUAAAGGGCCAUAUUGAUCUAUA